UUAUAGUUGUCACGACUCGCCGCAGAUCGAUCCGAGCGUUAACAGAAAAACAAACAGUCUCUUAAUCCUUCGUAUAAAAGCGCACAUUUGCUUCAACACCGGCUCAGUUCUCGCGCAAUUUCCACGAAAAUGCUCAACAAAAUACACUGGCAUUACUUUGUCGCAGGACUGUUCGUGUACAUCGCCGGAAAACUAUUGUACUUUCUGUACAGCAAUAAAACGAAGGUAAAAGGAAGGAACUUAGUUUGCGCCGACGAAACCACAAUGGAUAUAAGAGCUGAAGUGAAGGAUGUACAGGAAGACGGAGAUGAUGCCGAGGACGAUUGGAUUCCUAGUUUAGGGGAUGUUAAACAUAAACAGCUUGAAUUCAAUUCGUUGUCCGAAGAGGAAAUGGUUGUUCGCGCAAAGGAAUAUUACAAAUUGUUGGAGGGUCGUAGGACUGUUAGAAGUUUCAGCAGUCGGUCAGUUUCUAAAGAGGUUAUUCGCAACAUAAUUAAAUCCGCUGGGACGGCGCCGAGCGGAGCGCACACGGAACCCUGGACGUACGUCGUGGUCAGUUCAGCUGAAAUUAAAGAACAAAUUCGGUACAUCAUCGAGGAAGAGGAAGAGAUCAACUACAAGAAACGCAUGGGAAAGGUCUGGACCGGAGACCUGAAACCGUUCCGAACCAACUGGAUAAAACCGUACUUAACAGAAGCUCCCUACUUGAUACUAGCCUUCAAGCAGACACACAGCUUAAGGGCGGAUGGUAAAAAGAAGAUGCAUUACUACAGCGAGCAGAGUCUGUGCAUCUCGGUCGGAUUACUAAUAUCCGCUAUUCACUAUGCCGGACUGGUAUCCCUGACGUCGACGCCUCUGAAUUGCGGACCUGCUCUGCGUUCCCUCCUAGGUAGACCCAUGUCCGAGAAACUGGCUAUACUUCUUCCUGUUGGAUAUCCGCAUGAAGACUGCGAAGUUCCUGAUUUGAAAAGGAAACCUCUGGAUGAGAUAAUGGUUGAAUUUGAUUGAACAACAACGCA